UUUCCAUCCCCCAUUUAUAUAUAUUCAUCACCCAUUGAUAACCCAUAACCACAACACAAUCCAACUAUAUCACAAAGAAAAAACCACACGUUCCUUCUUCUCUCAUCACUCAACAAACAACCAUGCAACAAGCAAUUCCUUAUAGGUCAUGGACACACAACACUUCCACCACUCACUUCAAUGUUAUCAAACCACACAUAUUAACUACAACUAAAAUCCACAAUACAAUUGAUGAGUCUUCUCAUAGGCCCUCCUCCUUUAAUUUUAAUGAAGAGGACAAAACAAUGUUUCAUAACAUGGUAUCAGAGAACGCAGUUAUAGUCUUUGCUAGACGUGGAUGUUGUAUGAGCCAUGUCGUGAAGCGCUUGCUUCUCGGUCUUGGUGUUAAUCCUGCUGUACAUGAGGUUGAGGAGAAAGAUGAAGUUGGUUUGGUUAAAGAAUUGGAAUCAAUUGCAAAUGAAGAGAAGGUUCAAUUUCCAGCAGUGUUUAUAGGUGGAAAUUUGUUUGGAGGACUGGAUCGAAUUAUGGCCACUCAUAUUUCUGGUGAAUUGGUCCCCAUUCUUAAACAAGCAGGAGCUUUAUGGCUUUGACUCAUUAAUAUCAUAUUUUUUUCCACUAAAUUUUUCAUUUCCGGAUAUAUUGAUUCCAUCCUUUGGAAUUUGUAGAGAAAUAAUAUCAGGAGUGUUUUUCAAAAAUUAUUCAUGUCUUUAUUGGAUGCAAAUUUUUGGCUCGACUAUGUCAAGUUGUUAAGAGUCCAACACUGAAAAAAAUAUGAUUUCCGUAAAUUUAUAAAUGAGAGAUAAUCAUCACCAUAGUAACUGAUUUUGUAAGGUCGUAUUAGACUCGAUUUAAAUUCUAAUAUAAGUCAUAUUCUACCGAUAAAUCAAAAUUAGUUUCCUUGAUAUGGAUACAAAUUUGUUGACAUGUGAAAUGCGAAGAUAUUAGUGCAGAAUUUAUAAA